CUCUUCUCCCUUUCUGAGGACUCUCUCACUUACUGCUAAUCUACCAUGACUACCAGAUACCGCGUUGAAUAUGCCCUCAAGACUCACAGGCGAGAUCAAUUGAUCGAAUGGAUCAAGGGUCUUCUCGCAGUUCCCUUUGUUCUGCACUCGCAGCCAACAGCCGUCUUCGAGGAGAAUGCCCAAAGUGUCCACCAGCAAGCUAGCGUCGCCCAGCGUCGGUACGCUGAGAUCAUGCGUGAUGUGGAAGACAUAAUCAAUGAUCACAUUGAACACCAGAAGCUGGGGAAGCCAGAUCGAUCGAAGCUCAAGCUCUUGGUACCAACGGUCGCCAACUUCUUCACGCCUUUGGCACUCCACGAUGCGUUCAUAUGGCAGGAUCAACGUCGCUCGAUUAGCUACAGGCGCUUUGUGCCACCCUCAUUCAACGACGUACGCCUGGUCCUGAACACAGCCCAGGUCAUGAGCCUUGUUCGCAGUGGCCCUAUUGAACUCGUCACCUUUGACGGAGAUGUCACCUUGUAUGACGACGGAAUGAACCUGCUACCGGAGAACCCAAUCAUCCCCAAGAUUUUGCAGCUCAUGCGAAGAGGGUCUAAGAUUGGUAUUGUUACAGCAGCAGGCUACACAGAAGCCAACCGAUACUACGGACGUCUUUUCGGACUACUCCACGCGAUCCAGGAGUCUGACUUACCAUUGGAGUCGAAGCAAGGCUUCAUGAUUAUGGGUGGCGAAAGCAGCUUUUGCUUCAAGUUCGAUGAGAACAGCCCUGACCUGUUGAGAUUUGUUCCACGGGAGGAGUGGGUACUCAAAGAGAUGCUGUUGUGGUCCGACGCCGACGUCGCAGAGCUCCUGGAUAUUGCGGAGGCAUCACUGAGAGACACGGUGAAGAACAUGCGGAUGAACGCCGAGAUUGUCAGGAAAGAAAGAGCAGUGGGCAUCAUACCAAAGAACGGCGACCGAUUCUGUCGAGAGACUCUGGAGGAGACGGUGUUGAUCGUGCAGAAAGUGCUGGACAUCUCUGAGGUCGGACAGCGACUGCCAUUUUGCGCCUUCAACGGCGGCAACGACGUAUUUGUGGAUAUUGGAGACAAGAGCUGGGGUGUAUUGGCCUGCCAAAGGAUCUUUGGAUCAAUUGAAGGAGGCAAGACGCUGCACGUUGGAGACCAAUUCUUGAGUGCGGGUGCGAAUGACUUCAAGGCGAGACUGGCAUGCACGACGGCGUGGAUUGCGAACCCAACGGAGACGUGUCAGCUGCUGGACGAGAUUGCAGAGCUGGACGAAACACACCAACGCAAGACACGAUAACACCACUCGCAAUGGUCCAUGUGAGAGGACGAGGCACUGUGUAACAUGGCAUGUGUUUGACAGACUCAGCAUUGUAUCCUAUUUAUACGCAUGAGAUAUCCACAAAAUCUAGAUUAAUUUGAC